AAGAGUUAGGUUGCAGUUGUCGCCAUGUCUAGAAGACGUUGUUUUUUGCGCUGCCAAAGCAAAACCACUUUGCAUAUUCUACCAAAGGAUGAGGAUGUAAAGCGUCGGUGGUUAGAGUUCAUUUUUAAAACGAUACCAAACAAGUUCAGCUCCGACCUUCGUUUGUGUUCUCGUCAUUUCACUGACGACUGCUUCUCCAAUCUAGCUGAAGUCAACGCGGGAUUUGCAACACGAUUAUUUAUUAAACAUGGGGCCGUACCCACUUUAUUUGGACCAUCAUGCGCCUCUGGAUCACAACCUAGUACAGUAAAGCAGGACCCCGAUUCACCACCAGUUUCAAAUACAGUCCGAUUUUUUGAGGUGGAAUGUCAGACUGAACCUCUGCAAACCAUGUCAGUGGGCACACAGUUUUUUGCACCCCCAACUAUGAUAUCUGUCGGCACACAACUGUCCAUGGGUACACUGACGGACACACACAGAAGGAGCAAAGGAACACAGGCAAAGUUUUCUUAUACGUUUUCUUGUGACACAAGUUCAAGUUGGACUGAUGUACCGAUGUCGUCAACACUUGUAAAGCCUCCUGGUUUGAGACCACCCAAAAGACCUCGCCUGGAGUUGGAGGAAGAGUGGGAUAGAGACACAGAUGUCCAAACAGAACCCCACGACUCAACGUUCAACCCGGGCGACUCUGUUGUUUCACAGGAAUCUGAAAUGACGUUUGUGCCAAGUUCCAUACAUGAUGAUUCAAAAUACAUUGUUUUUGAAUCCUGCCUGCGUGAGCUGUUUGACACUUGUCCAAUAUGCAAGUCAAAGUGUGGUGUCCAGUCACACCGGAUGGGUACUUAUGUGGCAUUCAAUCAGCUUUGCCCUAAGUGUAAUUACAACAGGCAAUGGCAGAGCCAGCCCAUUGUUGGAAGUACCCCCGUCGGAAACCUUCUGCUAUCUGCAGCCACAUUUUUUACAGGUGGAUCAUUCUUCCAACUACAAAAGAUUUGCACAGCCAUGCAGCUACACAUAUUUAAGUAUGAGACAUUCCAGAGACAUUCCAGGACUUUCUUAGAGCCAGCCAUUAUCCACAAAUGGAAAAGUGAACAACAAAAUAAUUUCCAGAAGUUAAAACAAGGGGGAAAGAUUGCAAUUGCUGGAGAGGUGCGUGCAGACUCGCCGGGACAUUCAGCGAAAUAUGGCAGCUAUACAGUGAUGCACAUGGACAGCAACACUAUUUUGGACCUUCAGCUUGUUCAGAGCAAUGAGGUUGGUGGUCGUUACCACAUGGAGAAGGAAGGCCUAAAGAGAUGUCUGGAUCUGCUCGAGUCUAAUAGUUUGACAGUGGACUACAUUGUCACUGACCGUCAUCCACAGAUCCAGAAAUAUCUGAGAGAACGCAACAUAACGCAGUACUUUGAUGUGAGGCACUUUGAGAAAGGUUUGUCUAAGAAAUUAGACAAACUAUCGAAAAACAAGGACUGUGAGGUGUUGAAGAGGUGGCGGCGCAGCAUAAAGAACCAUGUGUACUGGAGCGCAACUUCAUCUACAUCAGGACCAGAGAAGGUGGCCAAGUGGACUUCACUGAUCAACCACCUUCAGAAUGUACACGUACACGAAGACCCCAUCUUCCCAAAGUGUGCACAUCCUGAUAGAGUUUCAAGGGAUCCGAAAAAAUGGUUUCAAAGAGGGUCGCUGGCACUACACAAAGUUGAAAAAAUCCUCUGCAACAAGAGAGUUAUCAAAGAUGUGGAGAAGCUAAGUCACCACUUUCAAACCUCAUCGCUGGAGGCCUUCCACAGCUUGAUUCUGCGUUUCACACCGAAAAAUGUUGUUUUCCCUUUCAUGGGAAUGUUAUGCAGGUUGUACCUUGCAGCAAUGUAUUACAAUGAGAAUGCUAAUCGAGAACAAGCCAAAACCUCAGCAGGACAAGAUGUGUACAGGCAGGUCUACCCCAAGUUCAAAAAGGGUGAAUGUACCAUAAGGCCAGUAACAACAGCUCCAACAUACAACUAUGUGGAUGACCUACUGAGGCUGGUCUUCGAGGAGGUGUUUGUAGACCCUACUCCAUUUAUUGAACAGUUACUGACAAUCCCCAUUCCCACAGCCCUAUGUUCUGAGUUUGAGAGACCCACAAAGGAGGAAGCAAUUGCUUGCCAUGUCUCCCGAUUCAAUCAAGAGGUGGUCGAAAGCCAACAUAGCCACCAGAUUGAUCCGGAAACUCCUGGCGUAUCCGGAGUACCACAUACGACGGGAUGACAUCUCUGACAUGCCAUCCUAAGUAGCCCCAGCACCAGCUAACAAAGCUGCGAUAAGCCAAAUGACAGUAUUGUCUGCAAACAAAGGAAUGAUCUUAGUGUUGAUGACAAAAAGAAAUUAUGCACAUUUAUACAUUACUGUGUAUUUUGGGGAUUUUCUAUGUUUAUAAAUAAAGUUUAUUGGAGUACAAAAUA